AAAACGUUUAAUAGAUAUUUAACCUUGGAUCUAUGGAUAAUUAAUAACAUCCCAACCACUGGGCAAACUGAGAGGCAUAAAGCAUAGAAAGAUCAGAGAAAGCCAAGCCUCAUUCCGACGAUGGAAGGCAGUUUCGAAGGGGCUAAAACGCCCUAGGAAUGUCGAUCAGGCGUACAUCUCUCGUAUAUCAACCCCACUUAAAUCCCAUCGCCACGUCAGGCCAAAAGGAAUAAAUUCAAAUGAAUGCUCCCCUCUUCAAGUAUCUCAAACCCAAUUAAAAACUCUUCAUCACUCUCCCAAUACGAAACCCCACAAGAAAACCCUACAAUCAACCUCUAACCCCACCAAAUGGACCCGUUCAACCAAGGCAUCCAACAAAUCUAUUCCAGCUUAGCCAUUGGCUUUGCCAUGAUCCUAGUAUUUGUUUUCGUCCGACGUAUCAUCAACUAUGUUCGCUCUUUGCCGCGGUCCCACCCGAUCCCUGCUGGUGGUCGAAUGCUGUGGGCCUUCUUGAACUCCAACCUUGUCGCACAAACAGUUGGAUAUACGCUCAUGAUGAUAAUGCUCAGGCAAUCGCUAAACAAGACGCCUCAGCGUACAUGCCCUAAUCCGUGUCCAUCUAAGAUCAAUGUGAAGUUUGAUCAUAAGGAGAUCUCCGAUAUUGUUUCAUCGGCGGUUAGGAGUGCGCUGGCGGAGGCUACUGGUGUUAACGAGGGCAGUGCGCAGUAGAUCUUUGCCAAGAUCUCUCGUCUCUUGCAGUGCUUCGCGUGUGUUUGGUAUGGGUGGUUUGCGGUUUCUUUUGCGGUUUCUUUUCUUUCUUUCUUUCUUUCUUUUUAACGAGUAAUGAAGACAUGAGUUCGCA